GCUUUAAAAAGGGUUGGAAAAUCUGUAAAUAUCCAAGAAGUAAUGGAUCAGUGGACACUACAGAUGGGUUAUCCUGUUAUCACUAUCCUGGGAAAUGAAACUACAGAAAAUAUCAUAGUCAUCUCCCAAGAGCGUUUUGUUUAUGAUAGUGAUGUUAAACCUAAGGAUCCUGCCCAUGGAGACAACAGCUACUUGUGGCAGAUUCCAUUAACAAUUGCAGUAGGAAAUACGAGCCACAUCUCAUCAGAGGCAAUUAUAUGGGUGUCUAACAAAUCAGAACAUCACAGAAUUCCUGCUUUGGAAGAGGCAAAUUGGUUGCUGGGGAACAUCAACCAGACUGGCUACUUCAGAGUUAAUUAUGAUAUUAGGAAUUGGAGGCUGCUAAUUAAUCAGCUAACAAGGAACCAUGAGGUUAUUUCUGUCAGUAAUCGAGCAGGUUUGAUCGAUGAUGCAUUCAAUCUAGCCAGAGCUGGUUAUUUGCCUCAGAAUAUUCCUUUGGAGAUUAUCAGAUACCUUUCAGAGGAAAAGGAUUUUCUGCCUUGGCAUGCUGCCAGCCGAGCUCUUUAUCCUCUGGAUAAAUUGCUGGACCGCACAGAAAACUACAACAUCUUCAAUGAGUAUAUUUUAAGACAAGUUGCAUCAAUGUAUCUCAAACUUGGAUGGCCAAUGAACAAUUUAAACAAAUCACUUGUUCAAGCAUCAUACCAACAUGAAGAGUUGCGUCGGGAAGUCAUCAUGUUGGCCUGCAGCUUCGGUAACAAGCACUGUCACCAGCAGGCUGCAACGUUAAUCUCGGAUUGGAUUUCUAGCAAUAGGAAUCGAAUCCCACUCAAUGUGAGAGACAUUGUCUACUGUACAGGAGUUUCACUAAUGGAUGAAGAUGUAUGGGAGUUCAUUUGGAUGAAAUUUCAUUCUACCGCAGCAGUGUCUGAGAAGAAAAUAUUAUUGGAAGCCUUAACUUGCAGUGAUGACAGAAACUUGCUCAACAGACUUCUGAAUUUGUCUCUCAACUCAGAAGUUGUCCUGGAUCAGGAUGCAAUUGAUGUGAUAAUCCACGUAGCUCGAAAUCCACAUGGAAGGGAUCUUGCUUGGAAGUUUUUCAGAGAAAAAUGGAAAAUAUUAAAUGCUAGGUAUGGAGAAGCAUUAUUUAUGAAUUCAAAGCUUGUCAGUGGGGUCACAGAAUUCCUCAAUACUGAAGGAGAGCUAAGAGAGCUAAAGAACUUUAUAAAGAGUUAUGAAGGGGGAGCUGCUGUCUCUUUCUCUCGUGCCGUGGAAACAGUGGAAGCCAAUGUGCGGUGGCAAAGGCUUUAUAAGGAAGAUCUAUUUCAGUGGCUAAGAAAAUCCUUGACACACUAAUCUGUCUUUAACAUGACACACUGCUAGAGAAAGAGGAGACAUUUUAGAAGUGUUCAACAUUAAAGUCAUGAAGACAAGAUCAGAUUGCAGGGAUAAAGGAAUUUUUUUUAUAUUGUGGGUUUUUGUUUUUACACUGAGCUCUUGUGAAAUUAUCAAGAAGAUUUUCAGAAGGGGAGAUCAUGAAUGCUUGUGAAAUCCAGUCCUCAAUGUGCACAACCAAACGUUACUAAGUGGUGCAUGUAAAUGUUGGAGAAAAACAAACAAAAAAAAUCCUUCAAAGACUAUUUUGUGCAUGCUUGUACUGUCCCUGCCUCUAUUUUAGCAUGCUUUUGUAUAGCAGCCACAUUUUGUAUGUGAGUUCGAGUUACAUCAAAUUUGGGCAUUAUACAAAGCACAAA